GUUUUCGAACAUGGCCAGGCGGGCGAAGAACAAUACGGAGACACCAGACAGCAAGUCGAACUCCUCCAGCGGAACCUUCUCGGCGAUGUUGAGGUCGCCGGCUUCUGGAACUAUCAUCAAGACACUGGAGCAGGAGGCCGACGAGUGUUAUCAGAGCAUUCUUCUUCCAAUCAACGAGCGUAUGAUGGGCCCUCUACCACAAUCUGAGAUCAUCACGUCUCGUCCGAUGGUUCUGCUGCUCGGGAACCACUCGUCUGGAAAGUCAAGCUUCAUCAACUUCCUUGUAGGGUCCGAGGUCCAGAAGUCCGGGGUGGCUCCGACUGACGACAGCUUCACUCUCAUCACCUCGGGCAUGGAGGACACUGACCAGGACGGGCCGGCGCUUGUCGGGGACCCAGACCUUGGCUUCAUGGCCCUGAGAAACUUUGGAAACGCUCUCAUUUCGCACGUGCAGCUCAAAGUCAGGAAGAACCUUGGCCUCAAGAAUGUGAUCUUGGUGGAUAGUCCGGGAAUGAUCGACUGCCCCGCCGUCUCUGCUCCUGCCCACCUGUCGACUUCUGAGCGGCUCAGGUUGUCUUCCAGCAGCAGGGGAAGGGAGAGCAAGUACUCCUCGGAGGGAACGUUCGAUCGUGGUUACAACUUCAUGGCGGUGACUCGCUGGUUUGCUGAGCACUCCGACGUCAUUCUUCUCUUCUUCGAUCCUGACAAGCCUGGAACAACUGGGGAGACACUCGAGUGCCUGACAAAGGCCCUGAAUGGGAUGGAGCACAAGUUGAACAUUAUCUUCAACAAGUGCGAUCAGUUCAACAAGAUGCAUGACUUUGCCCGCGCGUUUGGAGCUCUUUGCUGGAACUUGAGCAAGGUGAUUCCGAGGAAAGAUUUGCCGCCCAUCUACACCAUGUGUGUGCCUACUCCCAACCAGGGGGAGGGCCUGGGGAAAGAAGCGCUACUGGAUCUGCACUCGACUCGGUCAGAGGUUGUGAACAAGGUCAACAACGCGCAAGAGCGAAGAGUAGACAAUAUGAUAUCACGACUUGACGACUCGACCCGCGUAUUGCAGAUGUACGCAUGGGUCUGCACUGCAGCCGUCUACAAGGGAAAAGGAGACCUUAUUAGACGCUUCGGGCAAAGAUGGGAUUUCAUGCACUGGCCGGUUUUUAUCGGCGGGCAGACGUUCAGUUUGAUGUUCUACAUGUUUACUGCUCCCCGGAUCAAGAAGGUGACAGCAGAACUCACGGAAGACCACAACUUGACCAAGCUGUUUGAGGACAACUACAGAAUGCAAAUUGCUGAGGGUGACGAGUUUUUGCACUCACUGUGGCAACGCGUCAUGCCCCGACUGCAGCUGGCGAUGCGAACGGUGGGGAUAAGGGCGAUUGGACAUGCUGGAAGAAGAGACAACGAGUACUUGAACAGGAUUCUCAACGAAGAUGUUCCUCGUCUACGCCGUCAGUUUGCAAGAGCAAUCGGCGACACAGCGUCCGUCACACCCGUCCUCCAGGGAUCUGUGGAUUCGAUGUGAACAAGUUUUCCUCAAUGAAGAGUUUUUCUUCCUCCUC